CGAAAGGUUGCCGUUUAAAAAAAAGGAAGUCGGACUUUAGAAUUUGCAGGCCUGCGAAAAGCAAAUCUGCCCAGGCUUCCCCUGCACACUGGGGUUUUAUUUACAAACCAGGAGAAGGACUAAUUCACUAUUCAGAGAAGACUAGAUAGAAGACAACUGCACACUGACAGAGCAUGGAAGCUCAUUCUGCUAAACAGACAAAGCAGGCAGCUUGCGAUGUGUACGCAUCUGGCGUAGAUGCUUCCUAGGUGCCAGCCGGGUUUAACAGCAAGCAACCUCAGAAGAUUUCACUUGGGCCCCUCCAUCUGAACACUCCUUGCUGACAUAAUCUGACGCACUUCUCUUCCCCCAGCGGAAAAAUGGCCAAGGGGAAAGCAAAAGGCCCCAAAGGGAAAAAAGUCACCUUGAAAGUUGCCAAAAACUCCAUCAAGAUCACGUUUGAUGGGAAACGCCGCCUUGACCUGAGCAAGAUGGGCAUCACCACCUUCCCCAAGUGCAUCCUCAAGCUGGCUGACGUGGACGAGCUGGAUCUGAGCAGGAACAUGAUCAAGAAAAUCCCAGACUUCAUCGAGAAGUUCCAAAACCUGCGCUGGCUGGACUUGCACAGCAACCAGAUCGAGAAGCUGCCAGAGACGAUCGGCAUGCUCCAGAACCUCUUCUACCUCAACAUCUGCAACAACAAGCUGACCACCAAGAGCCUGCCAGUGGAGCUGAGUCAGCUGAAGAACCUGCGCACCCUCAACCUGGGCUUGAACCAGAUCGACAACCUACCCACCACUCUUGGGGCCCUGAAGGAGCUCCAGGAUGUGGGCCUCUUUGACAACUACCUGACAACCAUCCCCAACAGUGUGGCAAAGCUCCCCAAGCUCAAGAAGAUGAACGUGAAGCGGAACCCCUUCCCCCAGCCAACAGAGGAGGAACUGUUAAUUGACACCAUCAAGCGCAUCGAAGCCCUGUACUUGGUGGACGAGAAAGACCUGUGUGGCCCCUGUCUGAAGAAGUGCCAGGAGGAGAGGGACAAGCUGAACAAGCUGAAGAACGCGGUGCCCACCUCUCUGAGGAAGCCAAACUUUUCUUCCCUCAUGACGCCCAACUCCACAGCAAAGGAUAACCAAGCGGAGUGGCGAUGAAGAGGCAGCUUCCACGGGUCACACAAAGGUGGCAGUGUCACACAGAGUCUGUCCAUCCAACUCUUACAGCGUCCAGCCCAAACCAAUAAACAGCUCUUCCCCUCACUGCAGUUCUCUUCAUUUAAGGGUUUGCUCGGUGUUAGGUGGAGAGGACCUGCUGUUUCUCCUAAACCAGUGAA